ACAAACCAACAAAUACCAAGUUUUGGUUUGGCGUAAUAAACACGUGUGUAAUGUGCCGUUUUGGAAAUUUUAUUUAAAUAAACCUCGUUUUACAUCGAUUUAUCACCAAAAUGUCUAAACUAUACGUUUUAUACGAACACGCUGCCGGUUAUGGGGUGUUCAAAGUGCAGGAAUUUGAAGAAAUCGGCAUGUUGUUGCCACAGUUGGAAGCGGCCGUUCACGAAUUGUCUCGCUUCAACAGCGUCGUUCAGCUCGUUGGGUUUUCUCCAUUUAAAACAGCAGUCGCAGCCUUGGAAAACAUUAAUGCUAUUUCGGAGGGUAUUUUACCGGAGGAUUUGCAACAAUUUCUGGAUAUAACCGUACCCAAAACUAAAAAGAAAAAUAAAAUCACUUUGGGGGUUAGCGACCCUAAACUAGGGGCUGCAAUUACUGAAGCUUUGGGAAUACAAUGUAGCCACGUGGGGGCGGUACCCGAAGUAAUUCGAGGUAUCAGAGCGCACUUCCAUAACCUUAUCAAAGGUUUCACGGCCACUAGUUCAGCAGUCGCGCAAUUGGGUCUAGGACACUCUUAUUCUCGAGCCAAAGUGAAGUUCAACGUUCACCGAGUUGACAACAUGAUCAUCCAAUCAAUCGCUUUACUUGACCAACUGGAUAAAGACAUCAACACGUUUUCAAUGAGGAUACGGGAAUGGUACUCAUACCAUUUCCCAGAGUUGGUGAAGAUCGUUCCCGAGAAUUACACCUACGCCCGUCUAGCCAAAUUUAUUAAAAACCGCAAGGACUUGAACAACGAAUCUCUGGAAGGUCUUGAAGAAAUUACCAUGGAUUCGGGUAAAGCGCAGGCCAUUUUAGACGCGUCUAAGUCGAGCAUGGGCAUGGAUAUCAGCGUCGUAGAUUUGCUAAACAUCGAAAUGUUUGCCGGUCGUGUGAUUGCGUUAGCAGAUUACAGAAACCAGCUUUCUGAGUAUUUAAAAACUAAAAUGAACGAUGUUGCCCCAAAUUUAGCCAAGCUGAUUGGGGAGCAAGUCGGGGCACGAUUAAUCGCACACGCCGGGUCUUUAACGAAUCUGGCGAAGUACCCAGCUUCCACGGUGCAGAUUUUGGGUGCCGAGAAAGCGCUGUUCAGAGCUUUGAAAACUAGGGGCAACACCCCGAAGUACGGGUUGCUGUUUCAUUCCACUUUUAUUGGCCGCGCCGGGGCUAAAAACAAGGGACGCAUUUCGCGGUAUUUGGCAAACAAGUGUUCUAUAGCUUCCAGAAUUGAUUGUUUUACGGAAAAGCCGACGCAAGUUUUUGGGGAGAAGUUGAGACAGCAGGUUGAGGAUAGACUCAAGUUUUAUGAAACCGGCGAUGUUCCGAAAAAAAAUAUUGAAGUGAUGAAGGAAGCUAUGGAGGAGCUGGAGCAAGAGGCGGUGCAAACUAAAGCUGAAAAGAAAAAGAAGAAGAAGAAGAAGCAUAAGUUGGACGAGACGGCGACGAGUGAGGGUUUGGAAGAGAAUGGGUUGGAUCAGACCAACGGUAGCGUUGCUGAAGAAAACGUAGAGCCGCCGAAGAAGAAGAAAAAGAAGAACAAGAAGAGUAAGCAGGUGGAGGACGAAUGAGUAGGUUUUAACUUGAUAGGUUUACGAAAGUCGCAGAUGUUUCGUGGGAAACUAUUGUGGCUGUUUUUUUAAUGGUUAUAUUAAUAGCAGAACUACUUUAUGAAUAAUAUAAAAAUGUA